UUGUUUGUCGAUGAUCGUCAAGGUUUCAGUUGUUUCUCUACGAGUACAUCGAGCAUGCCGAGCGUACGAGCGUUGCUAGUAACUGUGCUGCUAUCGGCAUGGCUUCUAACUCUCAAAGCUAUCGGAUUGCUCCAAUAUCUGCUCGGAACGAGAUUCUUUACGUUGGACGCCGACUCUCUGGUGGACGAAAUGCAGAAAAAAUACGGUACGACAAUAUCUCUUGCCCAAAAUCCCGUCUGGAUGAAUGGUCUACGUCUAGCGACGUCGAGAGCUAACGAGGAAUGCUCACAACAUCAACUGUACGGAAAAUGGAGGCGAAAGACGUUCAUACUCGGAAGCAUUCUCGAGCCGCUGCUACUGACAGAGGCGGCUGUUGCGAGACACCCGGACAUUCUAGACGUUCCCGUAUGUCGACCAAUAUUUAUUACCGGUACGGGUCGAAACGGAUCAACAUUGUUACACAGUCUUAUGUGUAACUAUGGAAACGUCAAGUAUUUGAAAAUGGAUGAGUGUCAUCAUCCUAUUCCUUACAAUAAAGCUACAGAGUUUGAUAUCAAGUGGUACCGGGAACGACAGAGUUGGUGGUCGGACAUUCUGUUUGCUGGUGAAGAGCUGAUGCUCGAUCUACGUUUGUACAGUCAUCCUUUAUCAUCCUCGAGUCCAGAAGAAUGUUUACUACUGCUGACGAAGUAUCUGUUUUGGAUGCCAUUUUUGUCAUUCGGUGGACCAUACAAAGCGAUCAGUUGGAGUUUAUCUCGACCAACGUUUGCUCUCGAGGCAUACCGACUGUUUAAACGCGACUUGCAGGUAUUCCUUUACUACGCUCGCCAACUAAAUGGAAUCAGUGUGGUGAAUACUCGGUACGUCCUCAAGUGUCCAUACCAUAUGCCAUUUCACGAUGUGAUCAGACAAGUGUUUCCUGAUGCUGUGAUAAUACGACUACAUAGGGAUCCGGUUGAGGUGGUGCCCUCCUAUAGCUCGAUGGUGCAAGGACUGAUAAGGACAGGAUAUCCAAUGAAGAACAACAGCCAAAAGAAGAUCGGUGAAGACGUUAUGAAGUGGGUCGACAUGUGCUGCAAACAGAUGGUUGACGAGGGAAGAGACAACGGCAUGAUUGACGUCCGAUAUGACGAUUUGAUGGAAGACCCGAUUGGUGUCUGUGCUCAUAUUGCUGACACGGUCGGACUAGAACACACUAGCGACGUUGAAGGAAAGCUGUCUGCAUAUCUGGAAAGGAAUCCCAAGCACAAAUAUGGCAUUCACAGCUACAGUCCAGCUCAAUAUGGACUAGACUCGAUCGAGAUUCGUAAGAAUCUUGCAACUUAUUGUGAAAUGUUUAAUGUCUAAUAUCCAUUUAUACUGUUAGUCAUGAACAUGCUUUGAGAAUGUUGUUUUUAUUUGUUAUGGAUGACGGGCCAUGUUGUCCAAAUGCUAACAAUUUAGUUUCAGACCUACUGGACCUGAGAUACUGUUUCUAGUCAAAGUGCAUGUUGGCGACAGUUUUGGGCUCCUGGUCAACUGCAGCUGUUACUGCACUAUCCUCACGA